GCUAUGGUGAUGAGGUUGACAGCUUCCUGGGCCCCGCUUUGCUAUAUCGAGCCUGCAGGAGCCCGGGUGCCUGAGCCACGUGCCCAUGUCAGCGUGGGAAGGGAAGGGGGCUCAGACAGCCCAUCCCACCCACCCACUCCCCACGGAGGAGCUGCGACCGCUGGAGGAGGGCGAAGGCUUCGGGCGGAAGCGCGGGUGCUGGCAGGUGGGACUGGUGCAGCUCUCUGGACGCCGGUGUCCAGGCUGAUGGCUGAUGAUGUCAGGGACUAACAACGUUGCCCAGGCCCGGAAGCUGGUGGAGCAGCUGCGCAUCGAAGCUGGGAUCGAACGCAUCAAGGUCUCCAAAGCCUCUUCCGAACUGAUGAGCUACUGUGAGCAGCAUGCCAGGACCGACCCCCUGCUGGUGGGAGUGCCAGCCUCCGAGAAUCCCUUCAAAGACAAAAAGCCGUGUAUCAUUCUCUAGCGCUCUGUGCCCUCCCCUUCCGCCUCCCCGCGCUGUCCAGCUGUCCUGUGAGAGACAUGUCUGAUUCCUCAUGCUUUGAGCUCUAAAGGAGCAGGAACCUUCGUGAACGCGGGCCCCCGAGGUGGAGUUUGGGACCCCACCCGGGCCCUGAGCGCCCAGAUGCUAGCCCCCACGCCUGUCAAGUGUCCCUGGGCCCAGUGAUGCGGCUGGCCUCUAAGGCUCCCCGGGGAUGGCGCUGGGGCCGCGGCUCAGCGCGGGUGCAGGCCCUGCCAGCAUGAGCACCUGAGUUCUGACCCACGUGAGAAGUGCAGGUGCUGUGGCGUCUGCACCCCAGCGCGCAGGAGGCCACAGGAAGCUGGACCUCCGCUGUGGCUCCACACCUGACACUCGCAGUGCGCCCCGCGCUGCCGCGCCCCUCCGAGGGCGGCCCUGCCAUGCACAGGGCCCUUUCUCCGGGACCGGCUCACUUCAGAGACCGGGUCUCCACACAGGCCGCGCAGCUGCUGCCAUGGCCGAAUGUGUAGUUUUGUCUGCGAAGCCUGAGGCCCAUGUGGACACGGGUCGCCCCCAUUUCCUCCCUUUCCCCGGUUACCAAGGUUGUAUGAGGGCAGAAAUGCAGACUUAACUAUCGUAAGAGAUUGAGAAGGGGUCAGAGAUGGGGUGCUGCAUCCCACAUGAAGGUCACUGUGACUCUCACUGGAUCAAAUCACUUUCCAACUAGCUGGAGACCAGUUCUGCACUGCCCCUCACUGGGGGUUCUGGGCGGGGCCCACCCUGACCACGCCCCCAGCCC